AUGAAAACUAUAUUAUUAGUAUCAAUUUUAAUACUUUUAGUCAAUUUAUUAUCAUUUGCAAAUGCAGCACCAAAGGCAUGGGUAUCAACUUUGGAUAUGGCCAGUUGGUUUACUCCAGCCAAUUGGAAUCCAGCGGCCGUUCCAAUCAACACUGAUCAAGUUACCAUUGCCGUUCCAAACAGUAUUUCAUAUGUAACAGGAAAUGCUGCCGUUGCCAAAACCGUUACCAUUGGUACCACUGCCGGUUCCAACUCUUCACUCCUCUUGCUCCAUUCCUUGUCUGCCGACAUGGUAACCAUCAACUAUGGUUCUCAACUUGGUGCCUCCCAAGCCAACGGACAAUCCUUUUUAGUCAACGAUAUGUCUAAUUAUGGUGUAUUAUCAACUGAAGGUCUCUUUGAUACUUCCACUCUACUUAAAAAUUUUGGAAUUUAUUUUUCAAGUGCUGUAACUGGAGUUUGGGGUCUAUUGAAUAAUGGACAAGUUUCAAUUAAUAAUUAUUUUUACUCUCAGGGUAGAUUUACACAUUAUGGAUUUGCCGAAAUCUCUGUACAAAAUUGUCAAUUGGAUGUUGUUGGUGUUGAAGGAAGUACUCCUGUUAGUUCAGUUUUCAUGGAUAAUACCAAAGCAACGUUUAAUGAUGUAGCUUAUCAAUCAACUGCCGAUAUCUAUGUUGGAAGAAGUGCCACUUUUGACAUGUUUGACUCUAAUCUCACUAUGACCCAACCAGGUGUAGGUUAUGAUAUCAUGUUGAAUUUUAUGCAAAAUACAAAUUCUACCAUUUCCCGUUCCUAUAUCAGUCUUCAAGGUGCUCUUUUCUUUACUUCUGAAAAUGCAAGUGUUAUUUUUUCAAAUACAACAUUGGAAUCUUUCAAAACCUUUGCAAUUGAUGAAGAUUCUCGUGUAUUGAUUACUAAUAAUAGUUAUUUCAAAUUUAAUGAUUAUUUUGUUUCAAUGAAUAACGGACAAUUAACGAUUUCAGAUCAAUCAACAAUGGUUUAUCAACAAGCUGAAUUUGUAAUGUUGAAUAAUUCAAAGAUUCAAGUUUUGGAUUCCCAAUUGUUACUCUCUACCGUUCCAGGUAGUACUCUCAAGACCAUUUAUGGUAUGUUUAACAAUACUGUCCUCACCUUUGACCAAAAGUCACAGUUUAUCCUCCAAGGAGAGUUUUACCAACAAAACAACUCACACGUUAGCAUCCUCGGCGAGUCUGUCUUUAUUGUUCACGACUAUUUCUAUAUGCUCGAUCAAUCCAUUCUCUCGAUUGACAGCUCUACCAUUACCAUCAAUGGUAAUUUGCUUCCAUUCAAUAGCUCGUUGGUUGACAUCAAUAACUCUACUGUUCUCGUCACUGGUGUUGUUGGUUUUACAAACAGCUCUACCUUUACCGCUACAGACAGUACUAUUACCAGUCAAGGUGCAUUUGCAGUUGGCCAAAACGGUGGUCUCAUUGCAUCAUCUGUUUUAAAUGUCGACAGCGAUAUGGUCUCGGUCUCUACUGAGCGUCCACUCACCAUCAAGAAUACCGUUGUCACCAUUACCGGUAAUCUCUUGUCGUCGGGUGAUAUUUCGGCCAUUGACAACUCCAAGUUUACCAUUGUCGGUGGUUCCAUCAUCAAUAAUGGCGUGUUUACCGGCCAAGGUAUCUCUUUGGAUGUCCAAGUUGGAAACAUUGACACUAGAGGUGUCGGUGCCUUUAACUGCAAUGGUUGCAAGAUUACCAUUGGUUUGGGUGACAGUAACGGUACUUUUAUCACUGCCUCUGAUGCCAGUGUCACAUUGACCAGCACCACUUUGCUCACCAACUCCAACGGUACCUACGUCUCGAAUGGUGGUAUGCAUGUCAGCAGUGACUCUAACCUCUCCAACAUGGGUUUGUUCCUUGCCAACUCUAAUAUUUUGCUCACCGCCGGCAACACCAACGCCAACUCGUUUAGCAAUACUGGCAAGUUUUUGGUCAACGCUGUAGAUGGUACCAUCCAAGUCCCACUCUUGAAUUUGGAAAGCGGUAGCAUUGAAAUCCAACAAUCUUCAAGAUUGGCCUCUCUUCACCAACAGUCUGGUGACACACUCAUCGCAAGCGGUAGCACUGUCACCUUGACUGAUCAAAUUCUUGUGUCUGGUGGCGACCUUUUGGCCGACGCCGAUUCCUCUAUCGUUGGACAGGUUAGCGUCAACGGUGGUCUCUUGACUGCCGGCGCACGUAGCAUUAUCAAGGGUUUGGUCAACAUUAACGGUGGUUUGGUGUCUGGCUCUGAUCACUCGAUCGAGGGUACCGUCAACAUUCCAUCGGGUACCUUGUCGGGCUCGAGCCAAUCGAUCUCAGGUCAAGUCAAUGUAAACGGUGGUCUUUUGGACAGCAUCAACAGCACCAUUGUCGGAGGUGUCAGCCUCAACGGAACCGGUAAUAUUGCCGGCUCCAACAACUCUAUCCAAGGUUACUUGAAUAUCGCCGGUGGUGUCUUGUCUGGCUCCAACCACUUGAUCCAAGGUGAUAUUUUGAUUUCUGGUGGUCUCUUGUCGGGCACCAGCCACUCGAUUGUCGGAACUGUCAACAUUGACGGUGGUAAUGUAACCGGCUCCAACACCUCGAUUGUCGGUGACGUCAAUGUCAGCGGCGGUCUCUUGGCCCACAUCAACAGCACCAUCGUCGGUAACUUGACCGUCUCUGGUGGAAACGUCGCUGCAUCCACUCCCGAGGACAUUUACAACCGUCUCUUUGUCGACGGUACCUAUGCUCACGGCAAGGACGGUACCAUCCAAUUUGUCAUUGACCAAAGUGACAACUACCACAACCAAACUCAAGACCAAGAAAACACCUAUAUGAACGUCACCAAGGAUAUCAUCUUGUCGGGUGGUACACUCGUCAUCAAGGUUAUCGAGGGAUCCACCACUGUCAACAACAUCACCAAGACCAUCAACUUGAUCUCUGCCAACUCUGCCACCAACAUCACCGGUAGCUUUGACAAGAUUCAAAUCAUCACCUACGAUCCAGAGACUGGCAAUGAAAAGGAGGCCGACCAAUGCAAGUACAAGGCCAAAAAGAGUGGUAGCAAGUUUGAUCUCCUUGUUGAUCCAAGUGGCAAAUGCGAAGAAUCAAGCUCAUUCCCCAAGGGUGCCAUCAUUGGUAUCGUAGUCGGUAUCGUCGGUGCCGCUGCCAUCGCAGGUGUUGUCAUUCAUUUCAGAAAUAAGAUUCCAAAGCAUCUCUCCAUCAAAUACAAAUUAAAACAAUUAGAAAAAUCCCAAACCGAAUUGGGAAUGACCAAACCAUAA